GUUGCUCAUAAUCCUCUUCUCCGCAUCGCCAUACCCCGACCGCCGUACGCAUCCUCUAAUUUCUGCAUGAACUCAGAACAGGAACGAGAGCUAACAGAAAUCAGUGCCGUGCAGAAACAUUUGUCGUUCGGCCGUCGCAUCGAACAGAUGUCCAUUGAGUUCCAGAAUCAGUUUUACAAUGCAAAGUUCAGAGAAAAAAAAAACUAAACCACGAAGCAAGAAAGGUCCUGGUGAUUCGGAAGGAAAAGAUAUUAUACUAGAUAAAAUCAGUGAACCAAAACACCAUCUGAAGAAAACCAUCUAGUGAAAGAAGCCAUUAAAAAAGUUUAAUUGAUUGCAUUGUCGAUCAGAAUUUCCUAGCAAUAUUACGGAAACAGAAAAACCCAUCAAAGAAUUGGCUACAAUAAUAGUAGAAACAUCAAACAAAUCGCAGUUUCCGCAAGAUUGUCAUUCGGAAAUCACAGGAAACGAAGAAACCCAAACCGCACCCUCUCGAAGUGAAGUGACGAAGAAUUUAAGGGAUUUCCCCGUUGCCUCCAGGGGUCAGUGAGUUAGUAAGUGAGUGAGUGAGUGUCGCAUUAGAUUUCAAAGGGGACAGUCUGGCAAGCCCAGGUGUAACACGAAAGCACCAUGAUGGACUGGGAGAUGGAUAUGCUUAAUUUGGAUAUCGACGAGCAUGCUUUGAAUUUCAGCAUCCAGUCCAUCAUAUCAGAUGAAUCCAUAUUUAGCUCGUUCCUACAAUCUACCAAUGAGCUAACAUUGUUUCCACUAUCACCGUCACUGCCCCCAACGUCAUCGUUGUCGUCGUCGUCGUCGUCGUCGCCGUCAUUAGAUUUAGACUAUGCCAGCUUGCGACCCACAUCGCCAUCAUUGCUGUUGCAGUUGGAUACGAUCCUUGAGCAUCAUCCACUGCCGUCACCGACGUUACCUUCAACGUUACCGACGUCAUCGCCUUCACCGUCAAUGGUUCUGCAACCCCACAAGUGCACUACCACCGAGGACGACAAACAAAGUGAACACGAUUCGGGAAAUUCCAACGGAUCAUCGCUCGGAGACUCGGAGGAAUCGCUGUCGGAGGUGACUCCCUCGGAGCGAUCGACCAACAGUAGCGAUGCAGAAAAUGAUGUACCGGAGCUCAGGCCGUUCGAGUGCUCUGAAUGUGGCAAAAGUUACACCCGGAAGAUCUAUCUGAUGCGCCACUAUGUGCAGCACAGCCGAGAGCGACCGUAUCAGUGUGAAGUGUGUGACAAAAGCUUUGCCUACGCCAGUUCGCUGUCCUCGCACCGGAAACUCCACUUGGCUGCGUGUUAUCAUCGGUGUGACAUUUGCAAUAAAACUUUCACCACAGAAGCAAUGCUGGCGGCCCACAAAACGGGAAUUCACUUCGGUGAGCGGCCGUACAAGUGCAAACAGUGCAAGAAAACGUUUGUGCUGCUGCAUGCCUACAAAAGUCACAAAAGGUGGCAUCAACAGUUUAACCCGUACAAAUGUUUGGUCUGUGAAAAAGAGUUCAUGAAAAAGGUUGCGUUGAAGAGCCAUUUGCGGGUGCACACUGGAGAGAAACCAUUCUCCUGCAAUGUCUGCCAGAAAAGUUUCACACUAUCUUCCACUUUAUCGUCGCACAAGAAACUACAUGGCGAAAAACCUUCGAUGCAGUGCAACGUGUGUGGAAAAAUUUUCACACAAGCUAGUGCCCUGUCCACGCAUAAACACCUGCAUACAGAGACUCGUCCCCACAGUUGUAAUCUUUGUGAGAAACGUUUCAUUAGGCUUCAUGCGUUGAAGAUCCACAUCCGAACUCAUUCCAACGAACGGCCAUAUCAGUGUAAUCUUUGCCCUAAAAGCUUCCUGGAGAAACACGUUCUGAUAAGGCAUCUGAAGAUUCACACAAACGAACGCCCGUACGUCUGUGACACUUGUGGGAAGGCAUUCAAGGAGAAGUACGACCUCUUGCGGCACGUUCUCAUCCACUCCGGAUUGAGGCCGCACAAGUGUGAAGUGUGCUCCCAAACCUUCGUACAAUCCAAUGCACUGACCAAACACCGUCGGCGUCAUGAACGGGAUUCCGGAGGAGCAACCGUGCUGAUGGCUGCUGCAAGCAAGUCUGCCAGUCGAAAAAAGUUGUCUAGGGAGACUUCCAACGGCCCCAGUUCCAAUGGAGCAAGUUAAAGCAAUCUAGUCGCAACGGUGAGGUGUUAUGUAAUAAUUUGUGAGGUUUGAUUUCAAUGAAAAUAGUUUUACG